UGAGCCCUACACACCCAAACACGUGGUAUAAAGAGCAGAAACCCUAGGCCUGGAGGAGACACCCUAUCUGUGGUGGGGAAGGGGAAGGCCAGGGAGACUGGAAGAGACCACUUCAGGCAAGACCUGAGAGUAGCCAAGGAGGGCAGCAUGAGACCAUAGAGGGCUCGUUGGCGGUGACCAGCUACAAGGGGUGUGCAAAAUCCAGCGAGUGUGACUCAGGAUCCUUCGCCAUCACCAUGAACACUGAGAACUACAUGGGCUCCAGGAGGCGCUGCUGCCAGAACGAUGGGUGCAACCAGGACCCACUGCCCGCGAUCGUGAGAAACCAUACAGAGAAUGGCCUUCGGUGUCCUUCCUGCAUCGCUGCCUUUUCGGAAACAUGCACUUCAACUCUCAAAGCGGUCUGCGUGGGUGAGGAAACCCACUGUGUCGCCGUGUCUGGCCUCGCACAGCCUGGUAUCAGAUUUGCGGCCCGGGGCUGUGGCACGGAGGCCGCCUGCCACAGCAAGCCUGGGACCCUGGUGCCCUCAGGCUCUCGUUUGUUGACCAUCAAGAAGACCAGCUGUCGUCCAGGCCCCCAGGCUUCUGGCAAGGCUGAAUCUCGGAGGACUCCACACCCCUCAGGGCAACUGAGCCCGAGCACCACGACUACUGAGAGCCGGCUCCAAAAGCCUCUGCUCUGCAGUCAGCAAAGCCCCUGUGAUGAGAAGCCCUCACACCGUAACCAGAGUAAACACCGCUCGCUGACACUAGAGAACGCGAACGUGCAGGAGUGA